CACGUGCUAAAUGUGAGGAAACAGUAAUCUGUUAGCCUAGGCCCUAUGAUGACUCGCUGCAAAACCAACAGGGUAAUUAGUCAUCUGUAACCUACUACAUUUCAAAAGUAAACUUCCCAACCCUGAUCAUUCAUUAUAGUCAGCUAAUUAAUUCAACUUCAAAGGAUGACAAAAGCAUGUCAAUAUGAUCUGUCUGUCCACUACAUUAAAUCAGCAGUAGCCUAAGUUCUGUCGUCAGUGUAAAUGCAUCUUUAAUAGUCAUUGUAUUACUAUUUGAAUUCAUUGUAAAUAAUCUUAACUGUGCUGACUGCCUGUUUAUUCCACACUACGUGUUAUCAGACAGUCUCAUCAUUUUGACAUGUUUUGUAAUAUUGCAUGAGGUGUUUUAGUCAGUUAUUAUGUCGGCCUAUUCUGUAGGUUAGAAUCUGUCGUGUCAGAAUCUAACAAUUAGGCCUAAUUUAUGUCUGUCUGAAAUUAUUUCAAAAUGUUCAGUUUGACCAAUUAGGCUCUCUCUUUUUCAAGAUGCAUAUUACAAUCCGAGAGGGGAGAUCCUUGCCCGAUUUACAGCGAUUUAUUACAGUGAUUUAUGCUGCAAAGACUUUCACUGCCCGUUAUGUGCCUCAAAUGUAUUCCACCCAGCCAAAUUGAACAAGGUCCAAGCCCAUUUAGAGAGCCACUUCAACCGUGCAGUUCUCCAUGAAGAUAUCUUGCUCAGCAGAUUCAUCCUGGGAGCUGGACUGAAAAGACAGGGCAUGAUAUUGCGUAUACUCUGUCGAUUGUUACAGUCGCCGGGUUUGAAUUCCAGGAGAUGGACAUGCCUUUGAUUCGGAAGUGGUGGUGUCUUCUUCUCAUGGAGCGUUUUCAAAUACAAGGGCAUGGCCAAAGGUUUGCCUUCUGGACUCUGGAGGCCAGAAGCUUGCUCGAGGGAACCCUUCAACCAGUGUUCAGAGUGCCACGACAGAGUGCCAGAAAGGAUAUCUCCCAGGAGAAGGUGGCCAUUGGCAUAUUGCAGCUGCCUGAAGGCAUAAUCCGGAGGAUCCUUGGGUUUGUCGUUCUUGAGGAUGGUGAUCCUGCAAUCUGCACGCUAGCCCUUACCUGCAAGAACUUCAACUACAUCGUGAGCCAGUGGUCAUUCCAAAAGGAAACCCACUUCAACUGGCUUGACAGUGUCGUCAACUGGAAUAUCUUUACAGAGGGACACAAAAGGGAAUUCAGGAAGGCAUACCAAAUUUCCAGGUGCUUUCACUGUGACGACCAAUAUAAUGACGUCGGCACAGGCUACCGGGGAAGUGGACGGAGAGGAAUCUUGAUGGGUUUUUACUCCGAAGAGGGCUUCCCGGGGUACUGCAGCUGGAGCUGUUGUCUGGUGGCUGAGGGAGCAACAGACCGCCCCUCACCCCAGUGAAGAAUCCUCAUUGUGCCCAAUGAAUACAAUUUGAUUCUGCACUGAAAUGCCUCUUGGUCAAACUGCAUGUUUAUCUUUGGCAGCCAGGUGCAUAAACACACUAACACUUGUUUUUGAGUAAUCAAGCACCACUUCAGAGACACAUUUGAUUUGAUUUAUUUCGAACGUGUAAUACAAUAAAAAAAGAAAAAAAAGAAUACAUAUACAUUUAAAUGAAAUUAAACAAGAUAAUUAUGAUACUGUAGAAACAUAAGCAGUAUCAAAUUGAUGAACUAAAUAUUAUUGACUUACAAAUGAUAUAUAAACAAAUGAUCUACCCAAUUACACAUCCGAAAAGACGUAGGAAGAAGUUUACCACCCCUUCUCCCAAAAACUAAAUUAACAUUUUUGUUUUCUUUUAACAAAAUAUACAUCUAAAUGUAUGUCUACAUACAAUAUACAUUUACAAUUAUAAAUAGAUUAUAUCAUUCUUACUACUAUAUACGUUAUAUAUAUAUAUAUAUAUAUACGUUAUAUAUACUCAAUACUAAUAUUCCAAGUUCCAGGGCCGUGGGUUUGGAUGGAAAAAUAAAGACAUACGGCAUUCAUGAGUUAGAGUUUUCACCAUCAAAUCCAUUCAGUAGUGUUCCCCCAUGGCUUUUCCCAAUGGUAAAUAUAGAUAUGAGUAUUGUAGAAAAGAAAAGAGAGUGGCAAAUAUAUGAAGUAGGAUUCAAAACAAGUAUGUACCUCAGUAAUACUUAUCACAACUACCUCAAAAUAUACACAGAUGGUUCUAAGAACAAGGAAGAGUGUAUCGGAAUUGGUAUAUAUAUCCCAGAAUUUAAAAUAUCGAUCGAUCGAAGAGCGUCAGAUCAAUUAUCAGUGUACACAGCAGAAAUGCUGGCAGUAAUAAUAGGAUUACAGUGGGUGGAAGAGGUCAGACCAGAUAUGGUGGUUAUAUGCACAGAUUCAUUAUCCAUUUUAAGAAGCAUACAGUCAUCAUCAACUGCCAGAGAAGACAUACUCAUAGAAAUUAAUCAUAGCCUGUUAAGACUUCACAGAGGUGGUAUAGAUCUGCAGUUCU